AAUUCCAGAUCCGAUUCACCUCCCAUCCGUGCGACUUCUUACUAAAACAAAUCCAAAAAUAUAUAUAUAAAAAGAAAGAUCAUCCAAAGACGCAAAUAGAAGCCUUUCGUAGCAUUACAAUUUACAACUCAACAAGUUAAGGCGACCAACGAAGCAAAGAUAGCCCAUAGACUAGAGACAGAGGUAGAGAGAGAGAGAGAAAUUUGGGAAUACACAGAGCUUGUCGGUGCUGAUUCGGAUUCGAGAACUCCAAAUAGCAAAAGCUGCAAGACGGAGAAGACCAUAAGAGAAAGAGGAAAGAGAGAAGCCGAAGAGCCCAUCCAGCUUCUUCCAUCGCAAGAUUCCAGCUUUUACUUUGUUUUGGUUCUCUGUUUUGGACAUUAAAUGCGGUUCUCUUCGAAACCCAUCUCGAGUCCAGGUCGUGCAGACAAGUUUCCACCUCCAUUAACAAGGUUUUUGAGAAGCAAUGUGGGGAGUCGAAGCAGGGGAAGGUCUCGUUCAAGCCCUAUGUUUGUGCAAAAGAAGAAUGCUUCUGCGGCGGUUGAAACCCAGGAACCUUCUUCCCCUAAGGUCACCUGUAUGGGGCAAGUUCGCGUACGAAGAUCCAAGCAAGCAAGGGUUACUAAGCCCAGUCGAAGCAGUACCACUACCGCCACCAAACGCCGGUUUCGGUGGAUUCGUAAAGCUUUUAUGUGUAACUCCUCCAUUAGAAAACUCAAGCCGAAGUCGUCUCGUCCUAUUUGGCGGAAAUGGUUUCUGUUUCUCCAAGUGGGUUAUCGGAGAAAAGUCGAUUCCGCCAAAGAUUCUGCGGUGGGAGAAUCUAAACGAGAAGAAACAGAUGAAGAAGAUACCGACCGAGGAGACGGAGACGAAGAAGAAGAAGAAGAGGAAGAGGAAGAUAAGGUUUUUGUUUCUUCUUCCCCACCGAAAAACGCUUUAUUGCUCAUGAGAAGCAGAUCAGCGCCGUACCGAGCUUCCUCUCUGGCUAAUCGAUUCUGGGGUUCACCCUCUCCGAUUGAAGAUGCUGCGGAUGGGAAGAAAAAGCAGGAAACCAUAAACCGCGUCGAAACCGAAGAUGGAGAAGAAAAAGAAGAAGAAGAAAGACCCACAUCGGGAAAUGAAGUCACUUGCAGAGAUUCGGCUACAGAAUCAAGAAAAAGUUCAGAAACUGAAGAAAAGUUGGGAUUAUCCGAUGGAUUACAAAGCUCAAGCAGUGAAAGAACCACUAUAACCAUCGGAACCGGUAAAAUGCCGUCGAAAUUAAUGGAAGGAGGAGGAUCAGCUCAGCCACUGGUACUAACGAGAUGUAAAUCAGAGCCGGGGAGAAGAACAGGAACAGGAACAGGAAGGUUCGAUCCAGAGAUGUCCUUCUGGAAGAAACCAAGGUUGCGUUUAGGUGAGAAAUGUCCACCACAUGUUUACGAUUGACUUGUAAUUAUCUUUUCAGCUGUGGUGGUUUUGGAUACUGGAAGUCAUAUAGUCUCAGAGGCGGAGCCUCACACUCUUGUCUCCCACACUCUCCCACUCUACCUGUCUUGUUUUCUUCUUCUCUUUCUUUGUGUUUUCAAUUAACAAAUUUUUUUUUUUGGGUGUAGAGAGAAUCUCUAAGGAAACAGUGACAUAUUAUUUGUAAUUUAAGCUUGGUAAUUAGUAUAUAUUAUAGAAAAGUUUUGGUCC